AUGCGACUCUCUUCUUCGCUCAUCCUGAUCCUCGCUGCGAUCACCAUGGCCAACGCGGCCUCGGUCGAUGCUGCUCUUCCGGCUACUCAUAAGCACCACCUUGCUCGCGUCAAGGAUGGCAAGGUUCGUGUCAACGCUCUCGACACUGCCAAGGUCAGCACCGGCCAGGUCGACCUCAAGAACCUCAAACACCUCGUCAAGGUUGCCGCUCGUCGUGGUCUCGCUGACGUCAACGCUCUUCACGCUGCUCACACCAAUGUCGAUGCCGUCGACAUCAAGCACGUCGCUGGUCUCGUCCAGACCCUCUCUGCUCACCUUGAGAGCCAGACCAAGACCGCUGAGGGUAUCCUCAAGCUCAAGGACCACAAGAAGCAGGCUGCCAAGACCGAUGUCCUCCUCGACAACAUCAAGGCUUCGCUCGCCAACACUUUCAUCGACCUCCACAGCUUGACUCAGAGUACCAAGAGCGCCACCCACCACCAAAAGGGCUCGGUCGCCAAGGUCCGUCUCCUUAGCCGAGACCUUCUCAGCGUGCUCAACCCCCAAGUCGUCAGCAACCUCAUCAGCUCCAAGGACGUUGCUGGCUCAGCCGGUCUUGCCACUCUCCUCCAGAACCUUAACGUGGACUCGGUUCUCCAGGGUGAUGCCUUGUCGGUCCUCACCAACCUUAAGGUCAUCGAGACCGUCCACAAGGUUGCCAAGAUCGACACUGUUCUCGCUUCUAUCACGGCCAUCCCGGACGCUGUGCCCCUUAUUGAGGCAUUCCAGGGUCUUGACUCGCCUGUCGCCUUCGUCGCUGCUCUUGCUGACAUUAAGAGCAUCACCUCGCUUGUCUCUGCGGUUCACGGUGGUCAGAACGAGGUCGCCAAGGUCCCUGGCUCUGGAAAGCUUGUCGCUUACGCCGUCAAGUAUGGCUUCAACACCGUCGCUCGCGUCUUCAACGUUGCUGGUGUCGAGUCGGUCCUCAAGUCGGUCAUUGCGGUCCCUGGCUCCGUUGCUCUGCUCGAGUCGAUCAAGAGCGUCGCUGACGUUCCUGCCUUCGUCUCGGGCUUGCAGGUCCUCAACACUGUCAGCUUCGUCAAGUCGAUCCAGUCGGUCACUGACAUCAACGCUCUCACUGGAGUCCUUGCCACUGUCAGCCACAUUGCUCCCGUCAAACGCCAGCUUCUCGAUGGCGUUAAGAGCACCGUCGCUGGUCUUGACCUUCAGCGUGUCCUCAGCCUUAAGCGUGCCAUUGCUCACGUUGUCGCCCUGCCUAAUUCCACUCUGGCGAAGGUCGAGGCGGUUGUUAAGCGUGGUCUCACUAGUGGCCUUGUUGACACUGACGUCGCUGGUCUUGACCUUGCCCACAUCGCUGUGCUCAAGCGCUCGAUUGCCGACCUUUCUGUCCUCGACGAGAAGGAGAUCGAUGAUCUUCUCGCUGUCGUGAGGCGAGAUGUGCUCGCCGACGUAGGUAGCCUUGUUGACAUCAAGGAUGUCCUUGGCAUCACUGAUGACAAGGUCAGGCGCGAUGGUCUCCCCAUCGGCAAGCUUCCCGUCGACAUCGGUGGUUUCGGUUCCGGUCCUCUUGGUGAAAGUGGUGCUACCCUCGGCUUGCUCGACCCCAACGAUGGUCUUGCUUCCACCGGCGGUGCUGGUGAGGGUACUCUCGGUCACGGUGGAGGAGAUCUUACUCUCCUUGACAUCCACCGUCUUGCCUCGAUCAAGCGCUCUUCGCUCCUCACCCCCGUCGAAGAGACCAUUUCCAACCUGCAGCUCCUCCAGACACUCCCCAUCCUCAAACGUACCAUCCUUGACACUACGGGUAUGGUCUCUUCCGUUCCCGAACUGCUUCACUCUGUCCACCCUCUCCGCCGUCAGGCUCAUAAGGAGGACAACAUUUCGAUCGCUCUCUUCGAUGACUCCGUCGAAACCUUCACCACGGAUGUCACAGCUAUGUUGACGCAGGUCGUGGAAAUCUCUGACACCCUUCAGGUCAGCUCGAUCACCACAGAUAUCAAGGAGCAGAUCAUUCCUCUGGUUCAGGCGAUCACCAAAUCUGUCGCUAAGAUCGCCAGCGUCAAGGCUCCUAAACUCAAGAGCAAGCUCGACAAGAUUGACAAGUUUGUUGCCAAAACUGUUGAGUCUCUUAUCUAA